AUGUCCUGCCCUAUCCGUGCUGGUCCUGCCUAUGCUGAACUCCUUGCUACUAUAUAUUUUUGUUGCUUGUUCUGUAUUUUUAUUUUAUUAGUGUUUCUGUGUGUUGUGACGGUGGAGCUGAAAAAUGGGGAGACAUAUAAUGGGCAUUUGGUUAACUGCGAUACUUGGAUGAAUAUACAUCUCCGUGAAGUCAUCUGUACCUCUAAGGAUGGAGAUCGAUUUUGGCGAAUGCAUGAAUGCUAUAUACACGGAAAUACAAUCAAGUAUCUUCAAGUUCCUGAUGAGGUUUUUGAUAAAGUUCAGGAGGAGACAAAGAGCCGUGCAGCUUUAACUGUGAGUUCAAUUAGUGAUGCGAGUAUCAAUUCAAAUGCUUGA